AUGCAACAAGUGCGUUCAAACCGAGAACCAGUACAUGAAACAGCUGCUCGUGGAGAAGGAGGAUCUUCUAUUGCUGCUCGUACUGAAAUAGCAUCAUUAUUUAAUGACUAUACUGGUUCACAACGACUUUAUCAUGAUCGUCUUGAAUCUCUUGAACGUGAAAUGGCUUCACUAAAAGGUCAAGUCAAUCAAGCUUUUUUGACGCCAUCAAAUGAAUCUGAUCUUAAUCGUUCACCUUCGACUAGGAAACCACCAAUUUCACAACCGACAUCAGCUCGAGUUACAAGUCCUCCUCGUAUUCCAUUGGCACCUAAUGCUCGUAGAACAGCCAAUGAUGAAAUGCAGAUAAUUUCUACGCAUGAUGGACCUUUUUCACGUCCUCUACCUCAAGUACCUGUUACUCGUAGUAAAAGUUUUCAUAAUGGUGCAUUACAAUCAUCAUCAUCUCAACCAGUAAAUAGUUCGGAUGAGACUAAUCUUCUUCGAUCUUAUAGAGUACAUCUUGAACAAGUACUUCGUAAAGAUGCACCACCAUUUGCGGAUAUUAAAGUACCAAAUUAUACAUCUAUAGAAGAUGUUUUGAAAGCCAAUGAGCAACUAGUAUUGGAAAAUGAUCGUCUUCGAUCUGAAUUGAAUCGAUUAAAAACAGAAAGUAUUUUAUUACUUCGAUCUUUGAGAGCAACUACUGGAUUAGAACCAAAUUUGGGCAAUGAACGGAUUAUUGCGGAACGUGAACGUCAAGAAUUAGCUAUUGAAUUAGCACGUCAAGUAGAAGAAAAUAAACGUCUUCGUCGAUCAUUAUUGGCUCAAUCAGCAAAAUUUUUAACAUUACGUCAAUCAACAAAUGCUACUGAUACUUCUGUAUCUACAUCAAAUGAUCAUCGUCUUACUCCGGAAUCUGCACCACAGCCAACACUUAAUCUUAAUAAAACUCAACCACAAUCAAAAUCAUCUCGUUUUAUCGUCGGUAAUCGAGGUGCUGCUCGACCUCGAACAUUCAAUCAUGGCUCACACGAUCCAGUAACAACAAUGAAAUUUCGAUCAAUUAUCUUACUUUUCAUCGUAGCAUGUCUAUUUCUUGUAGCGUUCGUUGGUAAUGUAGUUGAAAGUGGAAAUAUUCUUGAUAAUUCAAAUCGAAAUCGUAUUAAUUCAAAGAAGAAUAAUUUAUUUGUUCAACGUCUGAGACGUACAGCACGUAAUAUCGAUCAACGUUAUACAUUACAAUAUGAUGAUGAUAUUGAUAACAGUAGAUUUGAUAUUGAUGAUGAAAAUAAUUCUAUAAAUAAUGAAGAUCAAAAUAAACAAAACAGUGAUCAAGACAACAAUUCAAUAGAUGUUAAUCAAAAUCGAAAAGAAAAAUUUGUUUAA